AUGGUCCCAAAUGAAGAAUUUCAGUAUCAGGGAAUAAUCCACCUACUUCUGCAUUUUGGAUGGAAAUGGGUAGGGCUCAUCACAACAGAUAACGAUGCUGGAGAGCAUUUCUUUCAAGUCUUGGAGUCAAUGUUUUUUCAGCAUGGAAUCUGUUCAGACUUCAGACAACUUUUCCCCAAAAAUCUCCUUCCCUCUGGCAUAAUUCACAUUUUCCAUCUCUUUCUCAGUUAUAUCCCACAACUCACACAGAGCAAAGCCUGUGCAAUUAUCAUCGAUGGUGAAAACACCACUAUUACCUGGUUGAUGGGUAUUCUAUUUGCAAAAAUGCUGGAUUCUCUAAUGGCUGUCAAUUAUAGUAAGAUGAAACCUGCAGGGAAAGUGUGGAUCAUGACAGCUCAAAUUGAUAUCAUGUUGCAUACCUUUCUAAAGGGUUUUGAUAUGCAAGAACUCCAUGGUGCUUUGUCCUUCACAAUUCAUUCAAAAAGGGUCCCAGGCUUUCAGGAAUUCCUUCAGACUAUAGACAUUUCUGGGGCCAAUGGAGAUGGUUUUGUCAAGGGUUUCUGGGAGCAAGUCUUUGACUGUUGCAUUCCAAAUUCCCAUGCCCCAAUGAACUUGAUUGAACCCUGCACUGGGGAAGAGAGCCUGGAGAACCUUCCUACAUCUUUUUUUGAAAUGAGCAUGACUGGCCACAGCUACAGCAUCUAUAAUGCUGCAUAUACUCUGGUGCAUGCUUUCCAUACUAUGUACACAUCAAGAUCCAAUACCAGAGCAUUGAAAUAUGUGGACAGAUUGGGACCUCAUACUGUGGAACCUUGGAAGCUUCACUCUUUGUUUCGGGGGAUCUCAUUCAACAACAAUGCUGGAGAUGAAAUUACAUUCAAUGAAGGGGGAGAACUAGCAGCUGGAUUUGAUAUUAUGAAUGUGAUUACUUUCUCCAAUAACUCCUAUGGCAGGGUCAAAGUGGGCUGGCUGGAUCCACAGGCUCCUCCUGGCAAAAGGUUCACCAUAGAUGAGGAGAAAAUUCAAUGGCAUGGAGACUUCAUUCAGGUCCCACCCUUCUCUCUCUGCAAUGACAGGUGCCAUCCUGGUUACUUCAAGAAAAAGAACGAGGGAGAGAAAUUUUGCUGCUACGAUUGUGAAUCAUGUCCGGAAGGGAAGAUUGCAAACCAGGAAGAUAUGGAUUACUGCAUUAGUUGCCCAGAAAACCAAUAUCCAAACAAGGGCAAAGUCAACUGCAUUCCCAAAGUUCUAAACUUCCUUUCUUUUGAAGAACCUCUGGGCAUCAGUUUAGCUUGUUUAGCUCUUUUCCUCUCUGUCAUCACAGCUGCAGUGCUUGGAAUAUUCAUUGGACAUCGGGACACUCCUAUCGUCAAAGCCAAUAACAGGAGCCUCACUUACAUUCUCCUCAUCUCCCUCCUUCUUUCUUUCCUCUGUACUUUGCUCUUCAUUGGGAAGCCCAAUAAGGUGACCUGCCUCUUUAGACAAACUGCAUUUGGAAUCAUCUUCUCCAUUGCUGUAUCUUCUGUUUUGGCCAAAACCAUUACAGUGGUUGUGGUUUUCAUGGCCUCCAAGCCAGGAAACAUUUUUCAAAAAUGUAUAGGGAAAAGAUUAGCACAUUCAAUCGUGUUGUCCUGCUCCCUUAUUCAAGCAGCUAUAUGUGUGAUUUGGCUGAGCACUUCUCCUCCAUUCCCAGAUUUGGACAUGCACUCCGUGUCUGAAGAAAUUAUUGCAGCAUGCAAUGAAGGGUCUGUUACCAUGUUUUAUUGCAUUCUGGGUUACAUGGGCUUCUUGGCCAUAGUCAGCUUCACAGUGGCUUUUCUAGCCAGGAAGUUGCCAGACACUUUCAAUGAAGCCAAGUUUAUCACCUUCAGCAUGUUGGUCUUUUGCAGUGUUUGGUUGUCCUUUGUUCCAACUUAUUUGAGCACAAGUGGAAAAUACAUGGUGGCCGUGGAGAUCUUCUCCAUCUUGGCUUCCACUACUGGCUUACUUGGCUGCAUCUUUUUCCCCAAGUGCUGUAUCAUUGUGAUAAGGCCUGAUUUGAAUAAAAAGGAUCAGCUAACCAGGAGAAAAUAUUAA